AAAUCCGCAACCCGCACCGUCCCAAUCAAGGCGAAGCCAAAAAUUCACGCUUCUCCUCCGCCUUCCUCGGUCCACCACGCCACCCCCCGUGAUCCCUAGGACAUUCCCCAGCCCGGCCAACCCCCGCCGCCGCCGCCCCCGCCCCCUCCACGCCCGGCGAAGAUGCACCUCUGGCCGUCGCUCCGGAUCCGGGACUCGUUCAAGCACGCCUACCUGGAGAAGCUGGAGUUCAACCUCGCCCACAAGAAACGCGCGCAGCGGCAGGGGCAGGGGCAGGGGCAGCAGGGCCAGGACGGGGACGAGGGCCCGCAGCAGGCGCCUCUGCUCGAGGGCCGCCCGACGUCGUCGAGGGGCUCGAUGGUGGCCACCGCGCUCGAGCUCGCCUGCGACGCCGCCAUGCUCCUCACGUGCUGCUGCUGCUGCUUCUGCUGCGGCGCUUGUGGUGGUGAGGAGGACGAUCAUCUAACGGCUCGCUGACGCCUGACGGCAAGAGCCACCUCCAGAAGCCGGAGAACUCAAUAGAUCUGGAAAAGCAUAUAAUGCAUGCAGCUGUAAUGAGUCGUAAUCAAAUUAUUUGUACAUAUGGAGUUUUGAUCUUCUCUGUUGUGGCCCAGAUUAAAGUGCCACUGACAAGUAGUCUUACUGGAGCAUUUCCUAUUUUGCAGUAGGAAAUUUUCGCAGUCUCUAGGCUUCAUAAUUUAUAUGUGUGCUCCAUGGCCGUAUGUACAUUCAGUUUCAGGGUAUGUGCAACUGCCAUUUCUCA